AUGGCGGAUGAUCCGGGGCGGCCGGAGGGCCCGCCGCAGAGCUUGGGUUCAUCGGAUCCGGCGCUUGUGAUGGAUGCGACGACCAGGCAGGGCCCGGCUUCAUCGGAUCUGGAACCUUUCAUGGAUACGACAUCCAGGAGCCCGGACCCCGCGCCGAAGCAGAAAGCCAAGAAGGCCAAGGUGAAGUCCAGACCGAAGAGCCGCAAGGAGCCGGGGACUGCGCCCACACAUUCUGCGCAGGAGGUUCCUGCAGAUGCCGUCCGGCCGGAGAUCAUUGGAUCCGGUGCCAUUGACGGGCACUAUGACAUUCUCCAUGACGAGGAUCCUGAGCCCUCCGCGGAAGAAUUGGAGGCCAAAGAGGAUGUGGAGCCCUCCGCCGAAGCUUCGGAGAAAGCUGAGGCGAACCAGGAGACCCAUGAGCUGGCGAAGGAGCCGGCGGGGAUCAUUGGAUCUGGCGCCGAUGACGGAAGUGACGACCAGGAUCCUGGAGCCUCAUCCGAAGCCUCGGAGAAGGCUGAGGCCAAUGAGGAGAAACACAAGCCAUCGCAGGAGAUGAGGACUGGGCCCGCACAUUCUGCAGAGGAGGCUCGAGAGAUGGAGGAGGAGCUUCGCCGGGCAGCGAAAGAGGGCCAGCUGGAGGAGGUCAGGCGGCUCCUGGAGAGCAAGGUGGAUGUGGAAGCCAAAGACAAUUCAAAGAAGAGAGCCCUUCACCUUGCUGCGGAGUCCGGCCACGUGGAGGUGGUGCGGCUGCUCUUGGAGCACAAGGUGGAUGUGGAAGCCAAAGGCGAUUAUGAGCUCAGAGCCCUUCACCAUGCUGCGCGGUCCGGCCACGUGGAGGUGGUGCGGUUGCUCUUUGAGCACAAGGUAAAUGUGGACUCCAAAGCCGAUGAUUUGGAGCGGACAGCCCUCCACCAUGCUACGAAGUCCGGCCACGUGGAGGUGGUGCGGCUGCUCUUGGAGCACAAGGUGGAUGCGGAAGCCAAAGACGUUUGCAACGAUCCGGCCCUUCACCGUGCUGCGAAGUCCGGCCACGUGGAGGUGGUGCGGCUGCUCUUGGAGCAUAAGGUGGAUGCGGAAGCCAAGGUCUUGUUUGGAGAGUGUGCCCUUCACCAUGCCACGGAGUCCGGCCACGUGGAGGUGGUGAGGCUGCUCUUGGUGCAUAAGGUGGAUGUGAAAGCCAAAGACGUUUGGAACGAAACGGCCCUUCACCGUGCUGCGAAGUCCGGCCACGUGGAGGUGGUGCGGCUGCUCUUGGAGCAUAAGGUGGAUGUGGAAGCCAAAGACGUUUGGAAGCAGACGGCCCUUCACCGUGCUGCGAAGUCCGGCCCCGUGGAGGUGGUGCGGCUGCUCUUUGAGCACAAGGCUGACAUCAAUGUCAAGGACGGUGUGGGAAGGACCCCCCUUGACUUCGCUCAGCCGGGAAACGUCUACGUGGACUUUGUGCAGGGCUAUGGUAUCACUGGAUUUAGCUGGCUCGUUGUCAAGGAAGGGCCGGACGCAGCUCAAAUGCUCAGUGAAUGGCCUGCCAGCGCUGCUGGAGAGCAAGGCGAUAAAGUGGCCAAGGUGGUGGAUCGAGCCGCGUUGAGUGGCGCACUGCGAACAGUCUUGGCUCCAGAAAAGAUAACAGCCACCUCUGGAGAACACUGGGUGUGCGCAGAGGACAUUGACCUUUCGCAGCAGAACGUCAUCCAUGCCACAGAAGUGGCCGCCAGCCUCAAGUUCCUGCAUGCCCUUCACGGCUCGGAUGCCUGCGACCCCUCGUUCCUGCAGAGUGUGGCCCAGACGACAAACGAGGAUGCAUUGCAGGAGGAUGCAGUGAUCGCAGUGGUCUCUGCUGCGUGGCAGCAGUGCCGUGUUUGGACAGCGCUCGAUGUCACCCUUGGCAUUGUGAGUUUGCUCCUUUUGGUGGCCGCAUCUCAUGCCCUUCGGCAUGGACAGCAGUCGUCUGAGUGGUACCUGUAUGCUGUGGCGGUCUUACAUGCGAAGAGGACGAGUGAGGAGCUGUGGCAAUACCUGGGCCACAUCUGCAAAGGACGCUUGCCAGAGAUGGACUUCGACAACCUUUCGGAUGUGGGCUACCUCCUCGUGGGUUGGCUUGCCAUAAUUCGCCAGCUCGCGCUUGGAACCCGUGAACUCGAGAAGCCACUCAUGGCUGUGUUCUGUGCCAUGGGGUGGCUCAAAGCGUUGUACAGCUUAAGGGGUGAGUCCUUCAUGGGCCCCCGGUUGCUCCCAAUUUUAGCAGCACUGAAGGACACCUUUGCCUUUUUUUUCCUUACUGGGGUUUGCCUUGCCGCGGCAGCGCAUGCCUACUACAACCUGGAGCUGCGAGAUGAACCGUCCCCCAUGUACGCCGCUGUAAUGCAGGUCGUCAGAUUAGGAUUGUUUGGCGACUUCGACCUCUUUGAGUUCGAGGGCCUGGACCCCACCCUGCGGCGCAAGAAUGACACCGAUGAGCUGGAAUUGGAACCUGAGGACCCAGAGCCCGGGUCGCAUUACGUCUCCGCGCACGCGCUGUUCUACUUCACCGGCUUUGGCAUCACCAUCCUCCUGAUGAAUGUCCUGAUUGCCGUCCUUGGCCAAAACUUCGAGCUCUACCAGGAACGCAGCGAGAUCCUCUUCCAGCGUGCACGGGCUAAAAUGCUUCUGCAGCUGCAAGGUCGGCCUUGGGCAUGGCCCUGUACAAGCAAGGCUCCUCUUGGUCGAAUGCGGUUCGACCCUGAGCUCAGCCCUAUUCAGGCCUGUGGCUGUCUGUUGCCAUUGCUGCCGUUGGCUGUGGUCCUCCACGUGAAGCCUAGGCGAGGUGUGCGCAUCAUAAAAGUGUGCGUCGCGAAGUACAUGCCGCCGAAGUUGAGCAUCUUGAUGGUGCCGUUCUGGCCAUUGGUCUUUGCGAUCUCACUCUCUGCCUUGCUGGUCUUCCUUUCCUUGGGAGUCUUUUUCAAGUACCAGGGCAUGUCCUUUACGCUUCGCACUGCCCUUGGGUUCCACGGAGACGAUGGAUACGCAGAUGCCAGAGACUGCCGCAUCUGGAUUCUCUGCCGCGAUGCUCCUCCCGCGGACGAGGUCCGGAGCUUGCGCGCGGUGGUGAGGACGGAGAUGCAGGAGCAGAUGAAGAAACAGGAGGAGCAAAUCCACCAAGUGAAGGCGAAGCAGGAGGAGCAGAUGAAGAAGCAGGAGGAGCAAAUCCAGCAAGUGAAGGCGAAGCAGGAGGUGCAGCAGGAGCAAAUCAAGCGAGUGGAGGCCAAGCAAGAGGUGAUGGAUCGCAAGAUGGACCAGGUAUUGCACCUGUUGGCCCGCCUUGCAGACCCGACAGGACCUACAGAAGCUGCCGAGCAUGCAGAGGGCGGGGCUUCAUCCGACUGA